UUUUUUUUUCUUUUUUUCUUUUUUUCUUGCUUGGUAGCUAAGCUUUCAAGCGAAAUUGGCGAUGGUCUUCUAGUCCAGGCCUUUGUCUCACGCAAUGAUGGAAGUUGAUAAUGAUAAUGUUGAGCUGCGCUCAUUGCUGAAUAUAUCCCGAGUACCUGCUGAAGUCAACUGUAGCCAAGGAAGGAGUGAAACAAAAAACAACCAGACCAGCCAUGGCUACCGAAGUUCGACCAUGGCAACGGCCAGAGAACACAAGGCUAGUCCCAGCGGUGGAAAUUUUGCAUUCAUGCUCGGCAUAUCUCUCGAAAAGCCGAAUUUGUUCCGUCCUGAAUUUUCCUUAUAG